AGCACGACGAGCCGUGCUACUGGCGCUUGACGCGGGUGCGGCCCGACUACACGGCGCAGAACUUGGAUCACGGGAAGGCCUGGGGCAUCCUGACCUUCAGAGGGAAGACGGAGAGCGAGGCCCGGGAGAUCGAGCAGGUCAUGCACCAUGACUGGCGGGUGGUGCCCAGGCAUGAGGAGGCGGCCUUCACUGCGUGCACAGCCCGGCCCCAGCACACGCUGCACUCCGUGCCCUACCCGCCUCUCCUGCGGGCCAUGAUUCUGGCAGAACGACAGAAAAACGGGGAUACCAGUACCGAGGAGCCGCUGCUGCAUCUGGAGGGAAUGCGUGUGGAUCCCUGGGACUACCCUGCAAAGCAGGAGGCCAAGAGAAAGGCCAGGGGCACUCCCGUCUGAGAUACAGGACAGGGCUGCCUGAGGACUGGAAGGCGCAGGGGCGUGGUCCUGAUGGAGAAUAUAUCUGAGAGUGGGCAGCAGGUGGCCUGGGGGCUACCGUGCUGGAUCCCAACUGUGUGGUUGGAGGGCCCACCUAGCCACAGGCCAGGCACAUGUGCUGAGGAGACUGAGGACGGAUCGUCGCCUUGGUGGGUGACCUCACUUUCCUUCUGUCACUAUGAGCACACACACCCUGUAACUUAAGGGGGGAGGGCGAGAGAGUGUCUCUGGGUGAUCCUGGAGUCGGCCCCCUGCGCCCUGAGAUCCCACCAUCCCUGCUGCCCCACCCUCAGCUGUGUGUGGCCACUCAGGAGGGACUGCUGGGCAGGCCAGCAAAUGUGGACCCAGUGCUGGCACCUUCGCACUUCUGGGCUGCCCCCUACCCCCACGGUGGCCUCCACCCACGUCCAGGCUGCAGCUGCUUGUGAGAAUAAAGACCACGACCGAG